GUCCUUUAAGUGGAGAACACAUUAAUCUGUCAUGGGCUGAUUUUUUUCUCUCUCCCUUUUAUUCCUUCUCCGCUCCUCUGUUCACUCACAUACACACACUCACUCACUCACACACACAUAACUGAACAUCGUCAAUGGUCUGCUGGAUCUGAACCACGCAGAGUUGUGUUACAAGAUGGGAAAUACUCCUUCUCAAGAAACGUGCCUCCUGCCUGCUGAGCCACAGAGCAGCAUUGCUAUUGGAAGUUGCGAAGGAGUAUGUGACCCCCUCGCCCACUUACCUGGCUGGAGCACAUGGAACAGAGAUUUCUCCAUGACUCCUCUGAAACUUGGAUCAUACAAGUACAAAACCACCUAUAACCACCCACCUGUUACACAAGAUUCGGAUAAAUCCAGCUCACACAUGAUCUCUGCAGAUGAUGCCGAAUACCCCAGGGAGUACAGGACCCUGGGCAAUGGAACCCGACGCUUUUCCAACGUGGGCCUUGUACAUACCUCGGAGAGGCGGCACACGGUGAUCGCUGCACAAAGCCUGGAGGCUCUGACAGGCAUGCAGAAGUCAGACAUGGAAAGGAAGAGGGAGGCUUUCCUGGAUCACCUCAAGCACAAGUACCCGCACCAUGCCACAGCUAUCCGUGGGCAGCAGGAACGGCUUCGAGAACAGCAGGGCUUUGAAGCUUGGAGUGCCUGCGAGUUCAGGGACGGAGGGAACAAGAUUGAGGCAAAGUCAAACUAUUGGAGUUUCAAGCCGACCAGGAGAGGAGACCUCCACCUCAUCAACCCCGAAAAAAGAGCAAAGACUCGGAGUCCCAGACAUUCCCAGAGCCAGCAGUCUGGACUGGCAGACCAGGCAGCCAAGUUACCGUUUGCGUCGGCAGAGUCCUUGGAAACCAUGUCUGAGGCUGAAGUCCCGAUUGGUUUUACCCGGUCCAACCGUUUCAGACAGAGCCUGCCCCUGUCCAGGUCCACCAGCCAAACCAAGCUCCGCUCACCAGGGGUGCUGUUCUUGCAGUUUGGUGAUGAAACCAGACGUGUCCACGUCACACACGAAAUCGGCAGCCUGGACACCCUGCAUGCUCUGAUUGUUCAUAUGUUCCCUCAGAAACUCACAAUGGGAAUGCUGAAGUCACCAAACACUGCAAUCCUCAUCAAGGAUGAGACGAGAAAUGUCUUUUAUGAACUGGAAGAUGUAAGGGAUAUCAAAGAACGAAGUAUAAUAAAAAUUUUCAGGAAAGAUCCUGUCUAUGCACCAUAUCCUUCCCAUGCUUCCCAUAUCGCCAAUGGAGAUCUGAGAAGGGAGAUGGUUUAUACAUCGAGGGAAUCUUCUCCUUCCCGUCGCCUGAGCAGCGUGGCUGCUAGUUCUCCGCACCUGGUACCAGGUUCCCCAGGCCCGGGGCUACCAUCCUCAUCCCCUUCCCGCUCCCGGAUGUCGUACAGUGGCGGCCGUCCACCGUCCUACACCGGGAGCCCGGUGCACCAUCCCGAGCGCCUGGGCGGCAUGCCGCCAUCACAGCCCAUCUCACCCAGCCCGAGUGCCAUCUUGGAGCGGAGAGAUGUGAAGCCAGACGAAGACAUGAGCAACAAGAACGUGGUUCUGAUGAAGAACGAGGGCUUGUAUGCCGAGCCGUACGCCAUGAUGGCAGACGGGCGCCUCAGCAUCGCAUCCACGCAGUCUCUGGCGGGAAUGCAGGACCCUUUCUCUUUCCCGGGAGGUCUUUACCGCCGAGGCUCCAUGAGAUCGCUCAGCACUUACUCAGCCACUGGGCUGCAGUCUGACCUCGAGGACGCUUUUUACAAACCGAGCGCCCAGAUCUACAGCGAUGGUUAUGGCGCGGGUCUGGGCUACCGCAUGCCCCCUUCAUCCCCUCAGAAAAUGGGCGACAUCCAGCAGGGCCAGACCCCACACAGCCCAUACUCGGGGCCGCCCAGCAGGUCCUCCCCGGUGCGGCAAUCGUUCCGCAAGGAGCCGGGAUCUGCCGUCGUGAUGGAGAGCACAGUGACAAAGCCCAGGAAUGUCAAUUCCGCUGCCACCACAGAAGCUCUUCCAGGGCCCAGCGAAAGGACAGGGGCAAGUGAGAGGCCAGCAUCUGGGUACAGCUCCCCAUUGGCUGUUAAUGACCCAGAAACAAGAGAACGGAUGGAAGCCAUGGAGAAGCAGAUAGCCAGUUUGACAGGAUUGGUACAAAAUGCACUUUUACGAGGGAAUGAAGGGGAACCUGCCAGCGAUAAAUCCGAAUCAAUAAACGGGAGCUCAGGCACUGGAACUCUUAGCCCCUCUGUGCGCAGCACUGUGACCAGCUCAGCAGCAGCACCGACAUCUAUCAGCCACCCCACUGCCAUUACCAGGCUCCAGAUGCAGCUCCAUCUCCAUGACCUCCAGCAAAACGCCGGCGAUCUGCGCAACCAACUCCAGCAGCUCCGUAAACUCCAGGUCCAAAGCCAAGACACCAUGAAGAACAUGAUGAAACGUCUGGAGUCAGAGAUAAGUAUCAGGGUGACAGAAACUCUGAGGAAGCAGGAGGACCCUCUCCAUCGCCAGCGUGCUCUGGUAGAGGAGGAGAGACAGAAGUAUCUGAAUGAUGAAGAGAUGAUUGUACAGCAGCUGAAUGACUUGGAGAAGUCGGUGGAUGAUUUACAACGAGACUCAAACCUGAAUCAGAAGCUGAUUACAAUGCAGGAACUGGAGGAGAAGGCUCUUGUCUUACAUCAGUUGGGAGAGACCCUCACCGAACUGAAGGCUCAGUUCCCCAGCCUGCAGAGUAAAAUGCGGGUGAUUCUCCGCGUGGAGGUGGAAGCAGUCAAGUUCCUGAAAGAGGAGCCUCACAGGUUGGAUAUCCUGUUGAAGCGAUGUAAAACUGUCACCGAUGCCCUUGCCACAUUGAAAAGCUGUUCACCUUCCAACUCGGCCUAUUCCACAGAUACCUGCCACAAGCGGUUCAGCAGACCCACGAGUGAGACUCUGAUGAAAGGAAUUGAGGAAGUGACUGCCCAAUUGCCAAAGCACUCAAGCGCUGAAUCAUAUUCCCGGAAUUCCGAAUUUGAAAUCCCGACCAGCCCACCCUUGAAUUUCCAGGAACAGCACACGGCUGGGGUGAAAAUCUGGCAGAACCACAAUCCCACCUUGGCCCAGCUUGCCCAGAAUUCCCCAGCUCAUGCUGCUCCUUCCCAGAAUCCAUCAGGAAUGGGCCAGGGGGUCGUAACCCACAGCAACUCAUUGGAGGAGGCUCCAGUAACACCAAGCAAGAGGAACAUGGACCAAACUAUCUCUGUGGAAGCAGCAGAGAGGGACUGGGAAGAGAAACGAGCCAGUUUGACUCAGUUCAGUAACAAAGACAUUAACCGUCUCCUCGAAGAGACACAAGCCCAGCUGAUGAAAGCAAUCCCUGAUCUAGGAUUUGCCAAUAAACCAAAAACGGUCACCAUGUCAACAGCGGAGUCGAAGCAGGCAAAACCUCAGCACCCACAGAAAUCUGUGGCAAAGAUGGAUCCCAAUGGGCGAAGACACUCAGAGGAGCUGACAGUCCACAGAUAUCGAACAGAGAAACCCUCCAAGUCUCCCCCUCCACCACCUCCGCGACGCAGUUUCCCAUCAUCCCACGGGCUGACCACUGGAAGAACUGGGGAGGUCAUCGUUACCAACAAAAAAGAAUCAACCCUCAAGAAGGCUGACUCUGAUGAGACUGAUGGACCGAGACCACAUGUCAAACUCAGAAGGACCAUGUCUGAGGCCAAGCCUCCCUCAACACCACCACCGAUUGUAGCAUCAGCUGUGCGAGAUGAUGAAGAUGAAGAGGAUAGGAUCAUGGCUGAAUUGGAGGUUUUUCAGAGAAGCUCUGUGCCUUUCACAGGCUCAAACGACCAGGGGAUGGCAGCUUUCCCCACUCCAGAUCUCAGACCUUGCAGGGUUUCCCUACCAAGCGCAGGACUGAAGAAUUCAGCUGGCAUCCCGAAUCCUGAAGAAUCGGAAGCCUCAGAGAAUAUCCUUCCUGUUAACCUGGCCACUGAGUGGGAAAUAGACGCCCCAUGUUCCCCCAGCCCAUUACAGCUCUCUCAGAUUGUAUUGACUGAGCUAACAUCUUGUACUGAUGCUGUUGAAGUGACGGAGCAAGUGUCUGCUGAGGGAACAGCAUCAACAGAUACACAUCAAAAGGCGGGUGACCGCAGCACGCAGAAUGGAGAAAUAGCCAGAAGAGACUUAGGCUCUGUACCUCCACGAGGUCAACUGGUUGUGCCCAGUUCUGAGGCCUGGACACAGUUUGUACCAUCUACAAUUGUGUUGGAAGAGUUCAUGAUGGUAGAAGCUGCCCUGCCAAAACCUGACCACGCUCAAUCCCAAUCCCCUCCUCCGGAUGAGGAAAACUCCAAGGCAAAAGAAAUCCCAGAAGAGAUUCUGGAAAACCCUACGGCUGAGAUUUCCAUGGACUGCACUGAGGAAACAUCCUGCAUUGGAGAUGCUGAAGAAAAUGUGGCUUUCAUAAUAACAGAGAAACAGAUCCAAGCUUUAUCCCAAAGGGAAGUCCAAGAAAUUGUGAGUGAGAAAGGUGAGGGUAUACACACCUGGAAUGUUUCUUCCGCAAACGACAGAAACUCUGAAGAUCCAUCUCUGGACUCUUCACAAGCUCAAAUGGAGGAGAAAGCAUCCCUCGUCUCAUUGGACAGUAAGCCAGUAGUUGUCAUAUUUGAAGAACCCAUGGACAUUAAAACAGCUUACAAGAGAUUAUCAACGGUAUUUGAAGAAUAUGAUGAAGAAUUUCAAACAGUAUUGAGAGAAAAAGACUCCAGUCAAGAAACACAAACAUUUUCAAUCCCAUUUGAGGAGCAAAUGGCAACUUUGAUGUUGAAUGCAGUUUCUGAAGGAGUCAAUGAGGCUUCCAAGUCAGAAACGACUGACUGUACACCUUUGAGUGAGUCAGAAGGAGAUCCGAAACAUGAUGAUAACGCAGCUUCAGAAGAGAAACCUUUACAUUCUGUUCCAAAUGUUACAUCCCCAGAGGCUGUACAAUGGAGAAACGGCAACUCUAAGAAUCUUAAGAUUCGGUUUCCCGAGCAACGGCUGAACGCGUUGACCAAAGCCAUCGACUCAGGUUCACAAACUGGACGGAAAUCUUUACAAGUGGUUGUUUAUGAAGAGGAGGAAAAGAUAGACAAAGUAACGGGUGAAAAGCAAAUGGAGGUGAAGAAGUACGAGCUCAACCAGAUCGAGCAGAACAAGGGCAGAUCAUCAAAAACACAAAACACAAGCACAGCCUUUGCCAGAACAGAGGAAAUCAAAAACAGUGCUUACAAAACGAUGGACAGUCUAGAGGAAACCAUCAGAGAACUGGAGUCAACCAUCACCCAAAUCAGCCGAGACCCAAGCAGUGACUUCAUCUUUACCAGAGAAUUGCUCAGUGGUCCCAGUGUCGGUGAGCCCAGAGAACAGCUGAUGGAUGAGUCCACGUGCCCCACUGCUUACCAGCCUGAUGUGCUUGAAAUGGAAGAAGAUGCGCCACACCUGAUGGACCAACCGCCCAGCUCGACAAGGAGCACGUCUCCAAGUUCGAGAGUCAAACUGCCCCUGCUCCCAAAGCCCCAGCUCCCACUGGCAGAAACUGGCAGCAGCUCCUCACUGCAAAGCCGCAUUGCAAUUCCAGCUGCUCCAAAACUCAAGCAACCACACAGCAGCAGCGAGAAACAGAAACAUAACAAACAGCGGGAAGAGUAUCUGAGACUACAGAGCCAACAGGGCACUCAGCAGUAAUGCCCAGUACUUGCCCCCUUCAGUCUUCUCAUCCUGUAACAAUUAUGGGACUUUUCUGCUUAAGGACCAAAGGCUUGGCAGGUCUUCCCCCAACAACCACCCCCCCCCCCCCCCGCGCCCCCCCAGCCCCCGACCUCCCUGACCAGAACGCCUCUAGAAAUCUGUGCCGAGGGCUCUUUGCAGGGCCUCUGACUGCCAGUGGGGCUAAUAAAAGAACUUUGGUGAUACUGCUGCUAAGGACCUUGUCCUGCUUCCAGUUUCUGGCAUAGGUCCCCUUCCUAUUUCAGCCAGUUUCCCCAAUAUUUUAACUAACCUGUGCUGAAAAAUCUUUCCUUAUCCAGAAGCCGGUAUCACUCCUGCCCAGUCUCCAGCCUCCCUGCUAUUGCUUGCUUUAAUUCCUGACACUAAACGCACAGUUAUUGAUGCUAGUGAUUCCCAGCAAACUCUCCACCUCCAGCUCCCGUGACCCCCCCCCCCAAACCCCGUCAUCCCAAAAUGUCUUGCUUUGCUCCUUUAGCUGCUGCUGCCAUUUGCGCUGAUUCGCUGCAGCUUUGGAGUCUCUAAAGAGCUUUCAUUUCACCGGCUUCAAGCAACGUGAUCUUCUCUGCAGUCACCACUCCUUUUCCCAGUCCCCCACUGUCCCAUUUCCUCCUCCCCUCUCCCUCCCUUCCCCAGUCCGUGUCCAAUCAAGGGGACUGUGAGAAGAGGAUGAUGGACAGUAUGCAUCGUGGAGCUCCAGUGUUCCUGCUCUCAGUCACCAUCUGCUAAUCCAUCACCUGCUUUGACCCAGAAUACAAACUGGUCUCCGAGCUGUAGUGUGCCAGCUUGUAUGUUAAUAGUGGAAACAGCACAAGUGAUUGAUAGAUAUAUCACAGUAGAAUAGAUGUGAAAAUGAUGAAAUAUUUUGUAAAAAAUAAAAACCAAAAAAACUUCUCAUCCUGUCCCUCUCUUUCUAAAUUUAGUCUCUAUAUCUUCUUUUACACUUUAUCACAUAAAUUCAGGUCCACAAUCUCGAUUACACAGCAGCACUGAGCAACUGUUCCAUUCAUGUUCUGCCGUGCAGUCACUGGCUGAUACAUUCCAAACCAAUUGGUUAUCUCACUGAUUAUAUCGAAUGCUCUGAUUUGGGUGGAAUAUUGGCAGCUUGAACUUUGCAUUGGUUCUUGGAAUGUCAGUCCACGUGCAAGGAGGGGCAGAUGGUCCCUUCACCUGUGGUCUCCAUAUGUAUUGGUACAACAUUGUUUUACUGCCCCAAGAACCUCCCAUCCCUGUAAGAUACUCGCCAACUGCAUCCGUAACUUGCCACUGACCUUGUUCCUUCCACCAGCCUGUGGUCUCAGUUUUCAUUCUACAUUUUAAAGGUGGCUCCUGAUCACCCUAAUCUUGUAACCAUUUUUAAAAGUUUUACUUUCGAAAUUAACUAUGAGCACUAUAUUACAACAGAAUAAAAGUUCAACUCUGACAAGCUCAGCAAUGCUACGUAGGGCGUAAAUGUGAUAAUGUGAAGUUUUCCUGUCAGUUUCUUACACAUCCAGCUUUCUACCCAUUCCCUCUCUCUUGCUGUGUCUCUCUCUUUUGCUCCCUUCUCACCUUCUCUGCUCACUCACUGUUUACCUGAAUACUCACUCAGUUGCUUUAACACAGUACAGCUCUGAAACACAGUUUGUACUUGAUGCUGAUUGAAUACUAGCCCGUAGAAUGGUCCAGUGGGUGAAACACUAUGAACUGGAAAACUUUACCUUAAAAUAAAUAAAAUAAAUUAAAUCCACAAGAAGAAAUAAUAUUUAUGAAAGCACAGGAUUUGAAAAUAGAGAAUAUGAAGAAUGAUUUAUUUCUGUUAAAUCAAUAUCUAGAGCUGCAGAUUAUAUAUAUAUAUAUAUAUACAUAUAUAUCACUGGCAGAAUCAUGUGUUCACUUAUUCUUUUUGUAUAUUGUCUUAAAUGGCUUUUUUGUACAAAGAAUAGUAUUCAUAAAGCAAUUAAUUGGAAUUGCAGGAAGUUUCUUUACAUUUUAAGUGAAGUCUUUUAACACUUUGUAUUAAGUUUAUGUGAGUAUUGACUCUCCUUUGGUGUAUGACUAUUUGUGUUUGAAUGUAAUUGAAGAGGGAUGAGUUUGGUUUGGAUGUGAUUAGCUCCCAUUUUAUAAUUGAGCACACUCUCGGUUGGACUUCCUUAAUACAAUCUCACAGGGGCCAGCUCUUUCUUAAUGUGGGAGUUAAGCUCUGACUGUUACACAGGCUUUCCCCCCCGCCCCCCCCCGCCCCACCCCCGAUUCCAUUUAAAACUUCUGCCUCAAAACAGGGGAAAGAUUUUUCUGUUAUUAAAACUUUUUAUAGUGUUUUAUAAAGUUGGGGGGUGGGGUCCUGGUAUUUGUUUUGCUGUUGGUGGGCAACCUGCACUCAGUACUUCACAAGCUGUGGGCUUUUACUGAAGGCUUGACUGGAGAGCAGCUUUCAAAAAUUUGUUGAUUUGUUCAUUUUUAGGAAGUGCCAACAGUCAUUCAGUCAUUCCCCUCACUGUCCCUGUGUAUGGUAAUAUUGAAGUCCUGCUCACUUUCUUAAUGGGAAUUAAUACAAAAAUUGUUUUGUUACUUGGUGAGCAUUAAUUCCCUUCCAAAUGUGUUCAGCCCUGUUUGAGAACGGUGUAACGACCAAAGUGAACUAAAUCUGCAACAGGACCUCCAAGAAUAAUGACCCGACAUUUCAAAUAAUUUCGUAAGAAACCCUGUUAGUUUGGGGAGAGAAAAAUAGAAUCCUCACUUCUUGAGGAUUUAGUUUCUUCAUCAAAUGGUUCCAAAUCUCCACUGUACAAAGUGACACCAGGUCAGGAAGCAGAUUGAAGCAUCUGUGUUCCGAAAGAUAUGCUUGGUCAAGAGGAGCGACAGGCUAUGGGAUACUUUUCACUUCGUCCUACCACGUCAUUUUAGAAACACCAGAAACAACGCUUUCCCUUCAGAAGUCAUCUUUUACUUUCUCCCAUUAACAUACCUCCCACAGAGCUAUGCUCUUUCCAUCCAGAGUAUCAGGGAUUUCCCUUUGGCUAAUGGUAAGUUGUGUGGCUCUAGAAGCUGAAGGCCAGUAACUACUGGUGAUGAACUCGGAGAGGCAAGGUGUCUCUCUGUACGAACCUGAGGAUAUUAUGUUGAGGAUAAAGUAUUUCAUUUCCCAGCAUUGACACUUUCAGCAUGAUACAACACGUUCACCUCCCCACCCUUCCCACUCCAAGAGAAUACUUUCUAUUUCAAAAAAAUGAGAACUGUUAAUAUUUUACUUAAAAUGAUUGAAUUAGUCAAUCAAAUGCCAGCCAGUAAUUAUGUCGUUGAGAUCCUCACAAGAUUCCCCUCAUCUCGCACGGAAACAGGAAAAAACAUGCAAAUCUCUUCACCAUCGGAGAAGAUUACAGUCAACAAACUGUAGGAGCACCAAACAUUCCCUUCAAAAUUAUUGUUGAAAAAGAAUUACUUUUAAAUUUCAGCCAAAAUAUGCUGGAAAUAUCUAUUCUGAAUUUUGGUCUUUUCCAGUUUGAUUAAAAGGCGGUGAUUGUCUUGAGAUGUAUCAAAUGUGUGUGUUUAGAAGAAAACAUUUAAAAAGUUCUAUUUAAACAAAAUGUAUAAGUGAAAAAAUACAAGAUGCCUUUUUUAAGCUUUUUUUAACAUGUGUGACAUUUUUCAUAGUCUCCUGAAGGAUAUGUCAGUAAUCAUAUAAAACAUGAACUUCACCUUAUUCCUGCUUUUAAAUAAUAAAGCGUUCCAAUUAUGCAUGUAUAUGCUAAGAAAUUGCACGAUGCAUCUAGAUUAGUGUCUGUAUGUAUGUGAAUCUUAACAUAAAGAAUUUGUGAAAAUCUGGAUACAAUAGGAACACCUUUUGUUUAGACUGUGAAUUUUUUUUUCCUCUGCUGCAUGGGGCUUUACUGUUCGGUCAGUAAAAGCUGUAAUUGAUUAUUGUAUUAAACAUAUCUACAGAGUUUUUGUAAACUGGGAUCUUCCAUUUGUAGAGUUAGUGAGAUGUGUACUGAAAGUCGAUGCCAUGACAAUCCGUAAUUAAUGUGGUUUCUGUGAAGAGAUUAAAUAAAGGGAUUGCAUUUUUGUAAGAGUA